AUGGUGUUCUUAUUCCCAAUGCUUCAGUCCAUUAAGCUCCAAUCAUUAUGUCUGUUUUUACUUCUAAUGGUCAUUUCUCUCCAUGCACCAUUCUCUUCCUCACUCUCACUUCAACACACAGAAGCCAACGCUUUGUUGAAGUGGAAAGCAAGCCUUCACAACCCAAGUCAAACGUUGCUAUCUUCAUGGAAUAAUGGCAAUACUUCAUGCAAUUGGCUUGGAAUUGCUUCUGACCACUCAGGAUCAGUCUCCAACAUCAAUCUUACAAACAUUGGAUUAAGUGGUACGCUUCAAACUCUCAACUUUUCAUCACUUCCAAACAUCCUCACUCUUGAUAUCAGUCAUAACUUCUUCAGUGGAACUAUUCCUCCUCAAGUUGGGGUGUUGUCCAAACUCACUCAUCUUGAUUUAAGUCACAAUCAUCUCACUGGACCAAUUCCUUCUCAAAUAACUCGGUUGGUCAGUCUUCAAAUUUUAUACUUGGAAAAAAGUGUUUUCGAUGGUUGUAUUCCUGAAGAAAUAGGUGCAUUAAAGAAUUUGAGAGAGAUUUCCAUUCGAUUUGCCAAUCUCACAGGGACAAUCCCAAAUUCAAUUGGAAAUCUAUCCGUCUUGUCAAAAAUUUAUUUGAGGAAUUGCAAUCUAACAGGGUCUAUUCCAAAAUCUAUAGGAAAUUUGACCAGUCUGGUAAUUCUAGAUUUUUCGCAGAACAAUCUUUAUGGAAAUAUUCCUCACGAAAUUGGGAAUUUGCUAAACUUAAAGUUUUUGAGACUUGGACGUAAUAACUUGCAAGGUUCUAUUCCUCAAGAAAUAGGUAAUUUGAUUAACCUUAGAGCUCUAUAUCUAGAAGGAAAUAAUUUAUCUGGCAACAUUCCUGUGGAAAUUGGGAAGUUGGUAAACUUGAUCAAGUUAUGGCUUCUACAAAACAAUCUUUCGGGUUCUAUUCCUCAAGAAAUUGGAAUGAUGACGAAUUUGUUUCAACUUGAUUUGUCCGAUAACUUUUUGUCAGGUACAAUGCCCCCUACAAUUGGAAAUCUCAGUAAUUUAUUCUUUAUCUACUUGUAUGACAACUAUCUAUCUGGAUCCAUUCCUACUGAAGUGGGAAAACUCCAUUUUCUUCUCACCAUCCAAUUGCCAAACAAUAAUCUCUCUGGACCAAUCCCAUCUUCCAUAGGUAAUUUGGUCAAUUUGGAUUCUAUUCGUCUUAAUGGAAACAAACUCUCUGGAACAAUUCCUUCCACUAUUGGUAACUUAACAAAGCUCACCACACUUGUUUUAUUCUCUAAUAAUUUAAGUGGGUACAUUCCAAUAGAAAUGAAUAUGCUUACCAACCUGGAGACAUUGCAUUUAUUUGACAAUAAUUUCAUUGGUCAUUUGCCUCACAAUGUUUGCUAUAGUGGAAAGUUGCUAAAGUUUACUGCUGGCAGCAACCAUUUCACAGGUCCAGUACCCAGGAGUUUGAAGAAUUGCUCCAGCCUCAUAAGAGUUUCUGUUCCACAAAACCAUUUGACAGGAAAUCUAACAGAGGAUUUUGGUGUAUAUCCACACUUGGAUUACAUAAACCUAAGUGAAAAUAACUUUUAUGGCCAUAUUUCUCCAAAAUGGGGGAAAUGCCAUAAUCUCACAGGCCUCAAAAUCUCUAACAAUAAUUUAUCAGGAAGCAUUCCACCAGAAUUAAGUCAGGCAACCAAUUUACAAGUAAUUCAAUUGUCUUCAAAUCACCUCACAGGAGACAUUCCUGAACAUUUAGGUAAUUUGACCUAUUUGUUCGAACUUUCUCUAAAUAGUAAUAAUCUCUCGGGGAAUGUUCCUAUAAAAAUAGCAUCAUUGCAAGAUCUUGAGACCUUAGAACUGGGAGCAAAUAGUUUUUCUGGCUUAAUUCCAAAUCAACUUGGUAAUUUGGUCAAGUUAUUACAUUUGAAUUUGAGCCAGAAUAAAUUUACGGGAAAUAUUCCAUUCGAGUUAGGUAAAUUAAAAUAUCUUCAAAGUCUUGAUCUUAGCAUGAACAUUUUGAAUGGAAAUAUACCACCAUUGUUGGGAGAUUUGAAAAGUUUAGAAGUAUUAAAUCUCUCACACAAUCAUCUUUCGGGUGAUCUUUCCAGCCUUGAUGAGAUGAUAGGCUUGAUAUCUAUUGAUAUAUCAUACAACCAAUUACAGGGUCCACUUCCGAACAUUUUGGCCUUCCAUAUGGCUACAAUUGAAGCAUUGAGAAAUAAUAAAGGUUUGUGUGGUAAUGUCUCAGGCUUGGAACCAUGCCCAACAUCACAUCACAAAUCUCAAAAUCAUAAGACUAACAAAGUCGUAUUGGUAUUUUUACCCAUUGCUUUGGGAACUUCAAUGCUAGCAUUAUUUCUCUUUGGAGUCUUAUAUCAUCUUUGUCAAAGGUCAAAGACAAAAGAACAUCAGAUUGCAGAAUCAUCAGUCCAAAAUCUUUUUGCGAUAUGGAGUUUUGAUGGAAAGAUGGUGUAUGAGAACAUUAUUGAAGCAACAGAAGAGUUUGACAACAAACAUGUCAUUGGAGUUGGAGGACAAGGAAGUGUUUACAAAGCUGAAUUGCAAACAGGUCAAAUUGUUGCAGUUAAGAAACUCCAUUCAGUACAAAAUGGAGAAAGGUCAAAUGAUAAAGCUUUCAGAAGUGAAAUUCAAGCUUUGACAGAGAUUCGACAUCGUAACAUUGUGAGGUUAUAUGGGUAUUGUUCUCAUUCCCGAUUCACAUUUUUGGUGUAUGAGUUCUUGGAAAGGGGAAGCAUAGAUAAGAUUUUGAAAGACAAUGAAGAGGCAACUGUGUUUAAUUGGAAAAGAAGGAUUGAUUCCAUUAAAGGUGUUGCAAAUGCUUUAUGCUAUAUGCAUCAUGAUUGUUCACCUCCAAUUGUUCACCGAGAUAUCUCAAGCAAGAAUGUUCUUUUGAAUUUGGAGUAUGUGGCUCAUGUCUCAGAUUUUGGAACGGCCAAGCUUCUUAAUCCUAAUUCAGCCAAUUGGUCCUCAUUUGUGGGAACUUUUGGAUAUGCAGCUCCAGAACUUGCAUACACGAUGGAAGUGAAUGAAAAAUGUGAUGUGUACAGCUUUGGGGUAUUAGCACUGGAAAUACUUUUUGGAAAGCACCCUGGAGAUUUUGUAACUUCGUUAGUGUCUUCAUCGAAUGUGAUGGAAUCAACACUUGAUAUUCCUUCAUUGAUGAGUAAGCUAGAUGAACGUCUCCCAUAUCCUGCAAAACCUACUGCUAAGGAGAUAGUUUUGAUUCUAAGGAUGACAAAUGCUUGCUUGAGUGAAAGCCCUAGCUCUCGCCCUACCAUGGAGCAAGUGGUCAACGACUCUUCAAUGCAUAAAUCAUGA